GUUCCGUAGUGAGGUUUCCCCUCUGCCCCCGGGAGUGCCGGCAGUAUCGUGAUCGUGCAUCUUUCGGUCUCGUUGCACCCACGUCUGCUGCAUAUCGCGAGCCGUCGUCGCGUCGCAGACUCGGCCGCGAGUCUAAAUCCGAGUCCGGGAUCGUGGUGUCUCGCAGCCGCUCCUUUCUCGCGCGUGCACGCGACUCGGUGCGGGCGACGGGAACGGUUUUCGCGAGUAAUAUCCGCGCUUGCGAGAGCGAGCGUGACGGAGAGCGUGGGAGGGACGGAGAAGGAGCGAGGGCAGAGAGAGGGGCCGAGAGAGAGAGAAAGCGCGUGCGAGACGAGCAUUGCGCGAUCGAGUCUCUCAUCGGUGACCGUGUCUUGUCGCGCCGGGUUUCGGCGGGUUUACUCGGCGCGUUAAUUCUCGUCGUCGUGGCCGUCGGUCGUUCGCACGUACUCGUCCGCCAUACUCGCGCCUAUCGGUCGACAAGAGGCGGCGGGUAGCGGUAGUAGUACAUGCAACCUGUUGUUUUCUCGCGCAGCGCGCUCCUUUACGCCGACACGCAGCCGUGCUGAGCGGCGAGCAACGACGUGCGACAGCCGACGUGGUGGCGGUCCGACCUAACCUCUCAACUGCCUCCGAGAAACGCGCCGUCCCGUCGACGCUGGGAGCUGACGGCAGUAUGAACGGAGAUACUCUUCACAGCGGGCAGAAGGUAAGAAUUCCAGACCUUUCGAAUUUUCGCCCGUUUCCUACAGCACCGUUCCCGGUGGUGAGUGUCCAGGAAUUCCAGUACGCUCGCGGGACGGGCGCGUCCCUGACGAUGAGGGGUAGCGACGAGCUUCUGUCGCAAAGCGGAGCAGUCAGCAAUGGUGCUUCAAUGAGUCCUCAACCUCAUCACGCGGCCGACAACAACAAUGACGCCAAGAAGGUUAAGCUCGACAAGAGUCACAGCGGCAAGCCUUCCAGAGUCAUUCAUAUCAGGAACAUACCUAACGAUGUGUCAGAACAAGAGAUCAUCCAUCUGGGCGUACCCUUUGGCCGCGUCACCAAUGUCCUCGUUCUCAAAGGCAAAAAUCAGGCAUUUCUGGAAUUGGCGGACGAGGGUUCUGCGGCUACCAUGGUGACCUAUUACGCUUCCGCGAUAGCCCAACUGAGAGGCAGAGCGGUCUACGUGCAGUUCAGCAAUCACCGCGAACUCAAGACGGAUCAAACGCACUCCAACAACGCGGUCAGUAGCCCAACAAAUGAUGUCGCCAACACCUCUGAGAAUCCGAACAAUCAAGUCGCGAUCUCCGGGCAGAACCAGGUGUCCGGCGCCGGCGAGACUCAAGGCGGGCCCAACACGGUUCUUCGAGUCAUCGUGGAGCACAUGAUCUACCCGAUCUCGCUCGAUAUACUCUACCAGAUCUUCACGCGCUUCGGCAAGGUCCUGAAGAUCGUCACCUUCACGAAGAACAGCUCCUUCCAGGCACUAAUACAGUAUGCGGACAUGCUGUCGGCGCAGACCGCUAAAUACGAGGUUGAGAAAGCCGUAGCAUUAAACUUGCCGCUGCUUAAGUCCCUCGACGGGCAAAACAUCUACAACUCCUGCUGCACGCUGCGCAUCGACUACAGCAAGAUGCAGAACCUCAAUGUCAAAUAUAACAACGACAAGUCCCGGGACUACACCAACCCGAAUCUCCCGACCGGCGACGCCAACCUGGACGCGGCGUCGAUCGCCCUCAGCGGCGAAUUGCUACCCCAAUUGCUCAUGGGUGCCGGUUCCCAGCCGCGUGCCAGAAUACCCGAGUCCAUUACAGGGGCACCGAGUGUGCUACCCACACCCUUCGCGGCUAUGCACGGCCUUCCGUCUCCUUUGGCUGGUCCUUACAACGGUGUACCUCCCGCAGGAGGACUUGCUGGCCUUAGCGGAUUCCCUCUUGGCGCUGCUGGUCUCGGGGUGCGAGUGCAAGGAAGCGGACAAGCAUCGGCGGUACUGUUGGUCAGCAAUCUCAACGAAGAAAUGGUCACGCCUGACGCUCUCUUUACCCUGUUUGGCGUUUACGGGGAUGUACAGCGUGUGAAGAUUCUCUACAACAAGAAGGACUCGGCACUAAUACAGAUGGCCGAACCUCAUCAGGCACUUUUAGCGUUGACCCAUAUGGACAAAUUGAGAGUGUUUGGGAAGCAAAUCAAAGUAAUGCUCAGCAAACACCAAACGGUCCAAUUGCCAAAGGAAGGUCAGCCGGAUGCGGGCCUGACGAAGGAUUACACCAACAGCACGCUUCACCGAUUCAAGAAACCCGGCUCGAAAAAUUACCAAAACAUCUAUCCACCAAGCGCGACCCUGCAUUUAUCGAACAUUCCAGCCACGGUAGCUGAGGAAGAGAUCAAGGAUGCUUUCACCAAGAACGGCUUCACUGUGAAAGCCUUCAAGUUCUUCCCAAAGGACAGGAAGAUGGCUCUCAUACAGAUGCCUAACAUGGACGAUGCCGUGGCUGCGCUGAUCAAAAUGCACAACUACCAGCUCAGCGAAUCCAACCACCUCAGGGUGUCAUUCUCGAAGAGCAACAUCUAACAAGAAUCGCCACCACACGAGCAGCAGUGGUACCAGCCCUACGCCCUAGUCCCCCUUUGGUCACCCGCUUCGGUCUACGACUGAUGGUCCCGCAGUUGGAUCCGCUCAGGUGCUCGUCCGUUCCAGUGAAAAUUGCAACGCGCUGGUCGUUUGUCGGCCGCAUUGUGCCGCAACCUCCCGUACGGGACUCUAUCGCACACUCGGACUUUGAAGCAGCACAAGAGGACAGGAGCUACCUCCUCCGAGCGAGCUUAGGAUGCUUUCGAGGCCUUGUCCUUGUUGGGACGUAUUUACGGCACGAAUGUGUCCCCGCAUCCGGUUGAUUCUAUCGAUUCGAGGGUUGCUAGGGUGUUUUAAGAGAACAAGAGAGAGAGAGAGAGAGAGAUAUAUAUAUACAUAUACAUACAUACUACAUAAAAUGCUAGGGCUGCAAGUGCUGAAGCUAAAACGGCGAAACCAAGCCGACAAGUCCGCGACGGCCUUCUCGAUAGUAAUUCCGGUGCUGGCUUUCGAGCGUGGUGCGCGCGACGAUUUCGUAAUAUCAGGUGAAGAAGAAAGAACCUUUUCGAUGAUGACGAUCGCGUGAGAGCGCGAUCGAACACUUUCGUGAAAGCCAGGACCGUCGCGACCGUGAAGAGGAAGAAAAUGUAGAGAGAGAGAGAGAGAGAGAGAGAGAGAGAGAGAUAGGUAGAGAAG